AAAAUGAAACCGACUCUCCACAGUAUACGAACUAUUCAAUCGUCUUGCACUUGCUCGAAUACUUGCUACAGUAGCACACAAAGCAUUGUCAUGUAAUCUACUUAUUGUUAGUUUGACAAGAACGCGACAUUAAUAUUAAAUAUAUGCGUAAAGGGAUAUCAAAAUUAAGACUACUCACAUUUUUCAUUACACGCACACAAGAGAUUAGAACGCUGUAACUGUAUUAUAUCGAUUGCAAUGUUCCGGUCGCGAGUGUACGAAGAUCGCCAACGUCGACAAUGAUGUGUCCGAAUUGCCGCCACCGCUUUCCAGCAUCGGAAUAUUGCCAGGAGCGGAACAAAGCAGAAACUAACUUGAAAGAAACGGAGAAGCAAGAAAAACAAAAGAAAAAGGAAGGUGAAAAGGAGAAAGAGACCUGUUACGUCGCUGAUCUUCUAGUGUCGCACAGUUAUACCAACGGUGACAGCAACUUUAUAAACCUGUCGACAAUCGUCCAUGAGCCUACCGUCUUCCAGUCAGCCCAUUGCUGUUCCAAUAUUCAACUUGUUGACUCUGAGAUAAUGAAACUCUCUUGUGAUGCUCAGAUGUCGGCGGAACAGAAUCCAUUCUUAAAAUUACCGAUCGAUCAAUCGAAUAAUCAAGAUUCUUUGUUUAUGACGAUGAAAAAUGUUAGCUACGGAAUGACAUCUUCGGAAAAACAUGCCACGACCACAUGCAAGCCCACUGAUGACGGCAUCACAUUUACUACAUCACCCAAUAUAUACUCUGGUGGUUGUUUAAUCCAGAGCACGGAAGCCGGAAUUCUAGUGCAAGCCCCACCCAUCGAAAUACAGCGAAAAUUCACCGGUGGUGGUUGUCUCGUGGAGAAGAAACGUUUGCCUAUCGAGGACGAGCGGUUAGCGAUGUUUAAAUACAUGGAAAACUUUGCUCAUCAAACAUUUGUCACGCCACCAAGCAGUUGUUUAGAAUUGCCUGGAAGAAGCAGAAAAAUAUUGUCUUCAUCCAGGACCAUGAGAGGAAAUAGCGAAAUAAUAGAUACAGGAUCGAGGCAGCGGAAGAUAUCGAUCGGAACAAACGAUUGCUGCAAAUGCUACGGUACAAUUCAACAAAACCUUUGCCAAUGUCACAAACGAUUGUCCGAUGCAUUCGACGACUCGUUACUGUUUAAGCCCAUUGGUAAUAGCAUACAGAUUCGAGUGAACGCCAAUUCGCAACUACCCGUAAACUUACGUGAGUGCCGAAUAAACAUUACGGCGAAAACAGCAAUUCCGUCCAGCCAGAUCGCGGCAACGAAACUACGCGCUAAGAAUAAGCAAGAGCGUAAUGAUGAAAAAAUUAAUUCUAAGGAGACGAAAAAGCAGGAGAAACAGAAAAAGGACAAGGAAGAGAAAAAGGAAAAAGAGGCCGCUGUCCAUUCAUCAGCGUCCAUGACAGCGAAAUGCUAUGUCACUGAUCUUUUAGUAUCUCACAGUUACACCGACAGUGAUAGCAGCAGUUUCAUAAAUGUUCCGCCAAUCAUUCGCGAACCCGCCAUUUUUCAGACAGCCCAUUGCUUCAAUGCUCAAUUCGCCGAGCCCGAGAUAGUGGAACUCUCGAAUAAUUUCAACGAAACCAUUGCUACCGUGCAAUCGGACAAUUUAUAUUAUGCAACGGAGAAUCGAAUUUUCGCCACUGGAAAUAACGGUUGUAACAACAACGAGCAGAAAGAUGAAACUAUUUCGGUGCCCCAUCCUUGGGUGAUGUCUAGUCCCUGGAGUCUAGAUACAAAAUUGUUGAGCAAAGACAUAAGAUUAUGCGAGAUGAAAAGACUGCUGCAGACUUGCGGAUGGUACCAUGAGAACAUUAGUUGGAAGCAAAGUGAAAAUCUUUUAAAAGAUAUGUCCGUAGGACGGUGGCUAAUGAGAGAUAGCUCGGACAGUAGAUACAUCUUCGCGAUAUCCGUGCAGACGGCUAGAGGACCUACUUCCGUCAGGGUUUGCUAUUUCCUUCAACAUUUUCAAUUCGACGCUGAACCAGGACUUGCAUUGGCGAUUCCGACUUUCGACUGUCCUAUUACAAUGUUGGAGCACUACGUCGAAUAUUCGAAAAGGAUGGAUCGCAGAGAAGUGUGGGUUGAUUAUAGCGGGCAACUUUACAGCCAAAUCUAUUUGACCAAACCUUUGAUGAAAGAAGUCAAAUCGUUGUCACAUUUAGCCAGACUCGUUGUAAAUAGAAACAAACUGCCCACCGAACAUCUGCCACUCUUGAUCAGAAACUAUCUCGCGGAAUAUUCGUACACCCUUUAAAAGUGCAAUCAUAUUUACACAAGAUCAAUGCGCUUACUUUUCUCUUCCGAUAUCUAUAAAUAAAAAUUUAUUUUUCUACGCCUCUACAACAGUAGUUGUUUUUCGAUGAAUGAUCUACAAUACCUUGAUUAUAUAUUAAUCACAAAAAUUAUGCGAUAGCAAAAAGAAAUUGCGGUUUGUACAAAUGUGAAUGAAUAUUCAAUUUGUUAUACAAUAAUUAUACUCAUGUUCUUAUUACUUAUACGUAAUAAGUUCAAUGUCUAAUUUUUAAACUUCGCUAGUAUUUUUUAUUCCUUGAGAGACAUUAUAUGUAUACUUUAUCACAAAGAAAACGUUUUCUUUGUGAUAAACUAUAAAAAUAAAGUAUGAGUUCACUUUUUUGUUA